AUGACUUCUGAAAAUAGUAAUUCUCAUACUGAAGAUAUAUCGUCUUCUUUCAUUGUUGACAGUCUCUAUUCUUCUGCUGAAAGUUCCAGCGAGAAUGAAGACAGUUUUAACAAUAACAACAAUAAUAAUAUUAAUAAUAUUAAUAAUGACAAUAGAAUCCAUACAAACCUCACAAAUACUCCCUCUUUACGUGUCGUACCAUCUAACGCUCCAUCAAUGGCAAGAACCUUAACCAAAACAGUAACAAAUAUAUGGAAUGCAGUUCAAGAUGAUAAUAAACAAACUGCUGAGGAAGGAAAAUCUGGUGAUUUAAAUAAGUUAUUAGAAUCAAGAUUUGAUUUAGGAGAUGCUUUUCAAAUAGAGGAUAAUAGAAAUAAUGGAGAAGCAGAACAAGGCCUACACCAACAUGACGAAAGUGACUUUUCUGAAAAAGAUCAUAGUCCAUUACCUUCUGAUCUUGAAGCCACUCCAAGAAGUUCACAGGAGACAAGUACAAUAUCUUCUUUUUCUGCCUCAUCAUUGACAAACUCUGCCAUAAAUACUUUAAACAGACGGAAGGUAAAUGGUAACAACAACAAUAAUCCAUCAAAUGAAGAUACUUUAGAGAAAGUAUUUACUAAUAAAUCUACAGGACAAUUAGAAUUACCCCCAGAUAGAGGAUACGCAUGGGUAGUCGUGUUCUCUGUAUUUUUAGUUAUGUUUAAUACAUGGGGUUGUAACUCAGCAUUUGGUGUAUUCUUAUCAUAUUAUUUAAAUAAUGGUGUUUAUAAAGGUGCUACAAAAUAUGAUUAUGCAAUAAUUGCUGGACUUACUGUAUUUUUGGGGCAAGGUGCUAGUCCCAUAGGCCUUCUGCUUAUGAGGAUUAUUGGAAGGAAACCCACAAUGCUGAUUGGUACUAUCUUUUUAUUAGCUGGGUUUUUAUUAGCUGCCUUCUCAACAAGAUUAUGGGAAUUAUAUUUAACUCAAGGUGUGUUAAUUGGAUUUUCGAUUGCUUUUAUCGCUUCACCUGCAACCACUGUUUUACCAGGUUGGUUUUUAAAAAAAAGAGCUGUUUCUAUUGGUAUAUCUCUUUUAGGGACAGGUGCUGGAGGUGUUACAUUUGGUUUGGCUUCACAGAAGAUGAUCAGUGAUAAUGGGGACACGCGUUUAUGUUAUGUUAUGUUAGCUGUUGUUAAUACAGUAUGUGUUAUAGUUGCAAUAAUUUUAGUCAAAUCAAGACCACCUAUUAAAUCAACAGGACUUCAUUGGGAUAAGAUCAAAAUAGAAGCACAGAGAUUGUUUGCUUGGGGAGUUAUUAAACAACCACAGGUUCCAUUAAUAUGUAUUUGGUUUACAUUAGCAUUGUUAGGUUACAAUUUAAUGAUAUUCACCUUAGCAUCAUAUGCAGUGGCACGUGGGAUGACAUCUCAUCAAGGGUCAUCAUUGACAGCCAUAUUAAAUGGUGCACAAGUAGUCGGAAGACCAUUAAUGGGCUUACUAGGUGACAGAGUUGGAAGAGCUAACAUUACCAUUAUAAUGACAACAGUGAUUACUAUCUAUCUAUUUGUUUUUUGGAUUACAGCACACACGUAUGUUCAACUGAUAUUUUUUUCUAUUAUGGUUGGUUCCUGUAUUGGUGUAGCAAAUGUCAUGAAUACUGUUUUGAUUGCAGAUUUGGUUAAACCAUCUGAAUUCUUAGCUGCAUGGUCUUUUGUUAAUUACGCAGGGUCCCCUGCUUUAUUAUGUUGUGAAUUGAUUGCACAAGCUUUAGUGAAAGAACAAAUGAAAAAUCCAUAUCUUUACACUCAGAUAUUUGCGGGUUGCUGUUUUGUAUGUGCACUUAUUAUGAUCUUCAUAUUGAGAGAAUAUACUGUCAAAAUUAAACUGACAAGCAGACAAGAAGAGAAUAAUUUAAAACUACUGCAAAGAUCAGACAACGCAUCUGAUGCUAGUUCUGGAGUAUUCAAUGAUAACAAAUCUACAGCUGAAAGUUGGGAAAUCAUCGAGCACCGUAGAGAUAAAUAUAAUCUUUUGUUAGGUGCUGGAGUAAAGAAAUAUUUCAUGAGAAUGCUCUACCCUAUGAAAGUAUGA